CGGACUUCCGUUACUGAUUGUCUGUUCUCGACACAUGUUGAAGUUGGUUUAGUUCUUGAAAUCUUCGACAGCUGUCUGGUUACAUUUGUCUGAACUACUGUACAUCUCACACAGAAAAUAGUCAUGCCCAAGAAUAAGGGAAAGGGAGGUAAAAACAGGAGGAGGGGUAAGAAUGAAAAUGAGAAUGAAAAGAGAGAGUUGGUGUUCAAGGAAGAUGGACAAGAGUACGCCCAGGUUACGAAGAUGUUGGGAAACGGCAGACUAGAAGCAUUGUGCUUUGAUGGUGUAAAGAGGUUGUGUCACAUCCGAGGCAAACUCAGAAAGAAGGUAUGGAUCAAUGGUGGUGACAUCAUCCUGCUCGGGUUGAGAGAUUACCAGGACAACAAGGCUGAUGUCAUAUUGAAGUACACCCCAGACGAGGCCAGGAAUCUAAAGGCAUACGGGGAACUGCCACCCACAGCUAAAAUCAAUGAGAACACAUGGGAGGAGGAUGUGGAUGACAACAUCACCUUCGACGACGUGGAAGAAGGGGUUGAUGAAAUUGAUGAUAUUUAGGAAAACCUCACUGCAGCUGUCAAAAGUUGAGUGUUGAGAAGAAUCGGUGAUGUGUUUGGAAUACUGAAGUAACAUGACAAUAGCAGCCUGUAACCUGUAAUGAUGGCUGUCGCUGCCACAGGGACAUCACAGAUUCGUUUCUCUUGUUAUUGUCAUGGCAACUGUACAACUCAGAUUCAAACAAUCUUCAUGAAGCCUUCUGAUAUCUUUGAAGAGGGACUUUACAACGUCAAUCCAUCCCUGACAGAUUUGAAUCAUAGUCUGUCUGGAUUACCGGAUGGUUUAGGAUUAUGAAUAUACUAUUUUUAAUGUCAAUAUAGAACAUCUUAAUCUUUUGAAAAAAAAAUUGUUUGUGUGUCUGUGUAUUUUCAUUUUUAUUUUGAAAUUCUUUCAUUUCAUAUUUGUAAGUCUUGUGUACCUUUUGAUUAAGUUUGGAAUAUUUGUUUUCUUUCUUUUGAAGUUUAUGUGUGCGAUUUGUUUGUAAAAUCGUGAUUAAAUCUGAGUAUAGAAGAUAACACCUGAGGCACUUCUCUUAGUUUCACUUUACAGUCUGUUUUAUUACACAAAAGUUUUGUAAGUUUAAACAUGCUCAUAUAAUAUUUAAAAGUGAUUCGUGUCAUGUUAAUAGGAAACAAAAUAAUGGGUACCAAAACAGUAAUUGAUAAAAAUAAAGAAGAAAAAAAAAUAUAAAGAAAAAAAAUGUUAAAAACCUGACAUCUUAUUUAUUACAGCAAAAGUGCUUGUUAGAAUCAGAUGAUAUUCAGUACCACCAGAUUGUAUUAAUAAAAUUGUAUGACCCCCAUGAUGAUAAUGAUGGUAUAUCCCUGGUAUGGAGUAUGUGUGUCCGGGAUGUUCCAUUGUUUUCAUGGGGGUGUAUGUGUGUAUGAUAUAGCUAUUAAUUCCUGUAUUGACUGGAGAAGACUGUACAGGUUAUUCCCUGAUGUCUAUACCUGUUUGUAUAUAAUGGUUGGGUGUUACUUGUAGCAUGUUUUUAUGAUUGUCAUGUAGGCAAUAUGAGUGGCACAUGAUAUGUAGUUGGUAGCUUUAAAACACUUAUAUAUCCCAGCUACAACAUUUCAGAUCAAGGGGAGGUUUACAGUUUGCUUGGUUCAGAAUUUUGUCACAAUACAGAAAAAAAGAUAAUGUUGAUUUAUGGAAUAAUAAAUUAAUUUCAUCCACUAAUAACUGCAAGCUUUUGGCUCAGGAGAGAGCUGCCAAGUUCACUCUCGUUCUUGAAAGUAUUUUUAUGAGGCAGAUGUUUUAUUCAACUCUUUAGGUGAUUAAAUGAUGUAAAUUCUAA